CAGAAAAGAGAGAAUCGAGUAGGCGUGAGGCCGUCUUUCCUGUGUUUUAUUCGCAGAUAAUCGCUCUGCUGGAUUGUAAAAGGUUUGGGGGGCAAAAAAAUAGCAACCGAAUAAAAGAGAAAAGACGACGGAAAAAAAAACACGACAUAAGAAAAAUACAAGAGAGGCCCAUCCAUUGCAGCCAUGGCCUCGGAUAACCCUAGCGCACAAAAUCCUAGCUGCAAGAUUCUAACCUUCCGACCCACCAUGGAAGAGUUUAAAGACUUCAAGAAGUACAUGGCCUACAUAGAGUCACAAGGUGCACACCGGGCUGGCCUGGCUAAGGUAAUUCCACCACCGGAGUGGAAGCCACGCAAAACAUACGACUCGAUAGAUGAGAUGGUAAUUCCCGCUCCCAUCACACAGGUUGUUACUGGGCAGUCUGGCCUGUUCACACAAUACAACAUUCAGAGGAAGCCCAUGACGGUGGGGGAGUACCGUAAACUUGCCAACAGCGAAAAGUACUGUACUCCUCGGCACCAAGACUUUGAUGACCUGGAGCGCAAAUACUGGAAGAACUUGACUUUUGUUUCUCCGAUUUAUGGGGCAGAUAUCAGCGGAUCUCUCUAUGACAAAGGAAUUGAUGAGUGGAAUAUUGGCAAUCUGGAUACUCUGUUGGACAUGGUAGAGCAGGAGUGUGGCAUCGUCAUUGAAGGAGUCAACACCCCAUAUUUGUAUUUUGGAAUGUGGAAGACGACAUUUGCCUGGCACACAGAGGACAUGGACUUGUACAGCAUUAACUACCUGCACUUCGGGGAACCCAAGUCCUGGUACACUGUGCCACCCGAACAUGGCAAGAGGCUGGAGCGCUUGGCCAAAGGUUUCUUCCCCGGCAGUUCUCAAGGCUGUGAUGCUUUUCUAAGGCAUAAAAUGACCCUGAUUUCACCCUCCAUUCUGAAGAAAUACAGCAUCCCCUUCGACAGGAUCACACAGGAGGCAGGAGAAUUCAUGAUCACCUUUCCAUACGGUUACCAUGCAGGCUUCAACCAUGGUUUCAAUUGUGCCGAGUCCACUAACUUUGCCACACUUCGCUGGAUUGACUAUGGCAAGAUGGCAACACAGUGCACCUGCCGAAACGACAUGGUGAAAAUCUCCAUGGAUGUGUUUGUCCGCUUUCUGCAACCCGAGCGCUAUGAGCAGUGGAAACAAGGCAAAGACGUGACUGUGCUCGAUCACCUGAAGCCCACCUCUCUGACCAGCAAAGAACUGGAGGAGUGGCGGGAAAGGCGGGCUCAGAUCAAAGCCAAGAUGCUGCGCCGAGCAAAUCGUAAAAGAAAUCGCGCACGCAAGCAGAAAGCAGAGGCGGCCAAAGCUGCCGCUGAAGAGGGAGCAACAGGGGAGACUAAAGGGGAGACAGAUGCUAAAGCGGAAGAGAGGAACAAAGGUGCCGAAAGCCAAGAAGAUCUGAAACCUGAUGUGGCCUACGGUAAGCCAGAGGAGGAAAAAAAGAAAAAAAAGAAAAAGAAAAACGUCCAACCACAAGAAACACCAGUGGGCACCGAUAUCAACACGGCAGCAGAAAGCCACAAGACUGACCCAGCUUCUCAGGAAACUGCAGAAUCCGUCAACGUCUCCACGUCCACCAAAACAGAGUUCUACCAGGACGAGGAAGAAGGAGAUGACUCAUCUGAAUUCAAACCCCGUCCUAUCAUCCCCAUGUUGUAUGUAGUGCCAAACAACAAGAAGGUGAUCUUCGACAAAGCAAAAAUGUCCUGCCAGGAGGCAUUUGAGCGGUUUGCCAAACGGAAAGCAUCACAAGCAGAACUUGUCACAUUCAAAGAGCCAGGAAAAGCCAGCGCAAAGGAGGAAGAGGAGAUCAGUGACACAGAGCCACUUUCAGAGGAAAUGCAGUCCUCUCCCCCCUACACAAAAAUGAAGAUGAAGGUGAAGAAGAGCCGUCGCCACCCAUUCAGUAAGCCGCCCAUGCGCUCACCGCUGUCAGUGGUCAAACAGGAGACCUCAAGUGACGAGGAGUGGUUUUCUUCUUAUGCUGGCGAUGAAGAUCUCAGUGACCCUCAGGCAGUGAAGACAGUACUCUCCCACCUUUGGCAGAACAAGUCUCACAACUUCCUAGCAGAGCGGCGAUUCAAUGCAGCUGUGGCCCUGAUUGAGCCUUACUGUGCAAUCUGCACGCUUUUUUACCCAUACGUGCAGCAGCCAGACAAGGACAUGUCCUUGUCUGUGGACACGUUGAUCAUCCCAGCAUCCAAGUGUGGCUCCAGAACCAAGCCACUGAUCCCGGAAAUGUGCUUUACAUCAGGGUUAGAAAACACAGAGCCCCUACCAUCUAACUCCUACCUCGGGGAAGACGGAACCAGCGUCCUCAUCUGCUGUUCCAAAUGUUGUCUGCAGGUUCAUGCCAGUUGUUAUGGAAUCAGACCCGACCUCGUCAAGGAAGGCUGGACCUGCUCUCGGUGCACGGCCAAUGCCUGGACUGUGGACUGCUGCCUGUGUAACCUGAGAGGUGGAGCGCUGCAGAUUACAACCGACAAAAGGUGGGUACAUGUCAUAUGUGCCAUCGCUGUGCCAGAAGCCCGAUUUGUGAACAUCCUUGAAAGGAACCCAGUGGACAUCAGUGGCAUCCCAGAGCAGAGGAAGAAUCUGAAGUGCGUCUACUGCCACAAAUAUACAAAGAUAGUGUCCGGUGCCUGCAUCCAGUGCUCCUUUGAGCACUGCUCCACCUCUUUCCAUGUCACCUGUGCCCACACUGCUGGAGUCCUCAUGGAGCCGGAUGACUGGCCCUACGUGGUGUCCAUUAUGUGUCACAAGCACAAGACCUCUUCUCAGAACUCAAGUCCGAUGGUGAAGGAGAUCUCCUUGGGGCAGGUUGUCAUCGCCAAGAACCGCAAUGGCCUCUACUACAAGUGCCGAGUGAUUGGGAAAGCAAUGCAGACCUUCUACGAGGUCAACUUUGAAGAUGGCUCCUACAGUGACAACCUCUAUCCCGAGAACGUCAUAAGCCGGGAUUGCCUUCAGUAUGGCCCACCAGCAGAGGGUGAGGUUAUUCAAGUGAAGUGGACAGAUGGCAGUGUCAUCAGUGCCAAGUUUUUAACAGCCCACAUAAGCAGUAUCUACCAGGUGGAGUUUGAAGACGGAUCCCAGCUGACAGUGAAACGCAGCGAUGUUCACACUCUCGAUGAGGAGCUGCCCAAGAAAGUGAAAUCACGCCUGUCACUGACGACAGGAGCCCCACAGGAGACCAGUUUCUCCGGAGAUGAAGGCAAGGCUCCCAAGCGGCUCCGUGGCACCCAUGCAGCCCCUCCAACCUCAAUGGAUGAUGUCACCCAGAGCGCCGAGUACCUGGCCUUUAUGGAGUCCCUGCUUCACUCCCAGUACCAGCAGCAGUCGCUGCCCACCGACAGUCACAGCAUGUUCUGAAUGUCGACUUGUGGGGGUCCGUGUAGCUGAAUGAACAUUUUAUGUCUUUUGUUCGUUUAUGGUUCCCCUUUCUCUCUCUCUCUCUUUCUCUCUGUUUCUCUGAACAAAAUGGACAAGGCACUUCAUCAAGAGAACCCUCCUGCCCCUUCCACCCAGUACCCCAACCUAAACAGACGCAGGAGCUCAGGCUCUCCCGAUUUUUACCUCUGCACACGAGGCCAGUGGAGGGGCCGGCAACGUUGUGUACAGCUUUAACUGAAGUUCAGACGGUGACGAGGCCUGUGGAUGAAACAACCGAACUCUCUCAAUAUAUACAGUAUAUAUAUUUAUAUAUAUAUAUACAUACAUACGUAUACAGGUAUAUAUAAUUCUAUAUUCCAGUUUACACAAGUCGCAUUUCGGGUUGUUUCCAGUACUGUUGCAAUAUUACCUUUUGUUCUGUGGUAAAGCAUAGGAAGCUAUUAACUUAUUCAUUUUUGACUCUUUUUUUUUUUUAUUUUUUUUUAUUAUUAUUAUUUUUUAUUUUUUUUUUUUUGCUUUUCCUUAGCGCUUUUAAGUUAUAUUUUGGUUGAAUUUAUUCCGAAAUUGUUUAUAGUAAAUGUUAAUUAUAUAUAUUUGAGUGAUUUUUUUUUUUCCUUUCUUUAUCCUGGAUAUUUUGGGGCGGUCGGGGGGUUGUUGAACUGUGGAAAAAAAAUUUUUGGGUGGGGCGGGAAGUGGGCGGGUGAACGAAAAACUACAACGUGGCGGCAUGGGAAACGGGGUCUCCUCACAGACCAAGAAAAUAUGGUUAUUAAUUUUCUACCGAUUUUUGAGCCAUCUUCAUAACAGGUGCUAUUCAAAGUUGACUACUGAUGCAGCGGAGAAAAUCUAUAUUAUACCUUCAAGUCUUAUGUAAAUACCAAAAGAAUAAAUAUCCUUUGUGAAAUUGUUUCAGGAAGUGAACAUUUUGGGGGAAAAUAAAAAAAAAAAAAAAAACAUUUUGUAGUGUUCCAAAAAAAAUAAAAUUAUAUAUAAAUCUAUUACCAUUAGCAUUACUGUAACUGCUCGGCAGUUAGGUAGCACUGGGAGGUUCUUAGGGUUAGGCAACAAUGAAAUGUUGAAUUAGCAGGAUCUUGUACACCAAACCUUUUAAAAAAAAUAAAAUAAAACAAAGUGGA